AGUCUCACUUCGACAGUUGAUAUUGUUGGAUGUACUUUGCCAUCCUACGGUAAGCGAAGCUUUGGCGGUCUUUCAAGAAGCUCAAAUAGUAAUUCAAUUACAAUAAAACGCGUGAAUGUUCUGGUGAUUGAAUCAAUUCUUGUAGAAGAACAACCAAAAAAAUUACAAGACUUACGUGGAAGUUCCUCAAUAAUAAAAUUGAUUUUUUCCGUCGUGCACGAUUAGACGACCAAAUUAAAUAAUUCAUAAAUGAUUUAUAUGAACACUCUAGUUUAUUCACGUGAAAAAUUUAUCACCCGCCUCAUGGCCCAAUUUUGUGAAAAGUGACUUCUAUUUUCGUUUUUAUUUCUUUUCGUAUAUUUUUGAAAAAGCUAGCAGUGAUACAGAGAAGUAUCAUCCGCAGUGAACUGUGUGUCAGUUUCAUCUUUCCUGGUAUUUAGGGUGUUAUAAAAAGAAACAGAAAAAGCUGUGAGAGCUUUAUCAUAAAAAUAUAAGCUAAAGGUGAUUGCAGAGGAAGUGAAAGAAAUCAUCCGUGGAAAGCACGAAUCACUCGAGAGGCAAUUAAGUGCGGUGGUGAAGAUGUGUCUAACAAUUAGGCACCAAAAGCAUCAACAUUCAGCCACAGACACGAUAAAUUGAAUUGCUUGAGGGUGAAUUUGGGGUGUGUGGUGACGAAGAGGAAAUUCAAUCCAUCAUCGGUGGUUUCCGUUUAGAAGGAUGGUGAAUUUUUUGUCUCAUCCACCGUCAGACACUCACUCGAAAAAGGACGUCGCCACAAACGACGCCAGGAUCAUCUCAAUCUAGUGGUGUCCACAAGUGUCCCCACGAAACAAUCUUUUCUAUCUCUUACAACACACUUUCACCGCAAUUCUCUCUCACUCCUCGCACAGUCCGACAUCUUUCCCGCCCAAAAUCUCUGGCCAAAGUAAAUAGAGCGAGGAGAGUAAAAAGGACCUACCACUUGAAGGAAUUGAGGAGGUGGACAAAGAGUAGUGAACAGGAAUCAAUUUUUUUUGGCUCGUGACGCAUUGUGGAGCGCGUGGAUAUUUACCGUCGAGAUGUCUGACUUCGAAAGGAUCAGACUGGUUAUUCUGGGUGGUGCUGGAGUUGGCAAGAGCUGUAUUGUCAAACGUUUCCUCUUCAAGACCUACAGCGACAAGUAUAGAGCCACUGUUGAAGAUCUCUACAACAGAGAAUACGACUUAGGUGCCGUUACACUUAAGGUGGACAUUCUGGAUACGUCUGGUGAUAUGCAAUUUCCCGCCAUGAGACGUCUGUGCAUAGCAACUGCAAAUGCCUUCCUCUUGGUCUAUGCUACAACAUCUGCACCGAGCUUUGGCUGUGUUAAACAAUGCUUUGAUGAAAUUCGCGAGCAGAGAGCUGAUUUUCAGGAGAUUCCGAUUGUGAUAGCCGGCAAUAAAUUGGAUUUGGCUUCGACACAUCGCGAAGUGAAGAUUGAAGAUGUAUCCGAAUGGGUUUUCUGUGAAUUACCCAAAUUAAGGGCAAAAGUGUUGGAAUGUUCAGCAAAGGAUGACACAAACAUCACAGAUUUAUUCAAAUCUCUGCUUUCCAUAUCGAAAAUCAUGCCAAUUGGGAGUGGUGAGAGUACUUCUGGGCUCAAACGAAGAUCAUCUGCGUACGUGAGUGCUACCAGCAAAGGAAAGCACAGAGUCGGAAGUCCUUCAUUUGGAGCCGACAAAUCAGGUCAAUCGUUUCUCGGAGCCCCAUCAGCGGAUUCCUCAAGUUCCAGCGAUGCCAAAUCAAAGCCUAGAUCCAGGUCACUUAUUCGACGUUCAUCGCGAAAGACAAAACAACAAAUACAAAAUGCAUCCGGCUCUGAUGAUUGCAAUGUGCAGUAAAUUUCUGGCGUUGCAGAUGAAAAGAAAUAGUUGCCCUAUUCAUCUUCAGUUCAAGCUCGUUUAAGAAUCCCAUAUUUCAUCCUGAAUAUUGUUGGAAUUUAUGAAGAUGCAGAAAAGAUGUUAGAGCAAGUGAAUUUACUUGAUAAUCCUAGUGGUAAGAAAGAUAAAUAAAAGAGAUGUAAAAUUUGAUAUCGAUGCAAAGUGAAUUGUGAUCAACAAAUUAGAAUUUAAUAAUCUUUAAUAGCGAAGAGUGGAGAAUAAUUUUUUUUUCUUGAAAAACACUACAAGAUUAGUGUUUCAAUAAAUCUUAAGACAAAUCUUUGAAAAAGAAAAAUUCUACAUCACAUGACAUUUUAGAACAAUCCCUCGAAGAAAUACCCUUAACUUCUCAUGAUACAAUUUCCACUGAAUGUAAGGAAGAAAAACAAUUAAAAAAAAGAUGAAAAAGGAUUGAGUGGAAAAUUCUUUUAAGCACUCUUUCUCAAAAAUAAGUCUUUCAUCUCAAUUUUCUCUGAACAUCUGCAAGAUUUUCAAAACUUGUACAGAAUCUCAUUCGUUUCUUGAGAAAUGUUUUUUUUUUUAUUUUUCUAUCCUUGUAUACUUAUUUUACAUCAUCAAAUAUUUCUCUUUAUUCAACCUCAUUCAAUUCCCCUCAAUUGUCUCUCUAUUCCAUUCUACCUUCUAAAUGUUUCUCAAACAAAAGUAUUUUUGAACAAUAUUCUUCACAAACAUUACAUUUUCAUAAUACAAAAUUUAAAUCAGUCAUGUUUUGCGAAAUAUUUUAACUUGAAGCUCAAAAUAAUAGGAAAAUUUUCAAAUACAAGAAGAAAUACUGAACUUACCAAAAGCUCCAAAACAAAA